AGCGGACACCCAGGGUGAGGGGGCGGGGCCUGAGGGGUCUUGAGGGUAAACAAGGGACACGUGGUCCGGAAGUGGUGUCAAUGGCGGAGCGAAGAGAAUGAUGCGGCAGGAAUCCAGCGAUGAGGCGGAGGAUGUGUCGCUUUUUGAUGCCGAUGAUGAGGUGUCGAGAAAACCCAAAAGGAAGAGGAUCCGGCAUCCAGUGGCUUGCUUCUUCCAUCUGUUUUUCCGAAUUAGUGCAAUAAUUGUCUACCUUCUUUGUGAGUUCCUGAGCAAUAGCUUCAUUGCCUGCUUUGUGACAAUAACAUUGCUUCUAUCAUGUGACUUCUGGACUGUAAAGAACAUCACUGGUAGGCUACUGGUAGGGUUACGCUGGUGGAACCAGGUAGACGAAGAUGGAAAGAGCCACUGGGUCUUUGAGGCCAAAAAGCCUUCAAGGAAAGGGAAGAGAAUCUCCUCCGAAGCUGAAUCCAAAAUCUUCUGGUUAGGAUUAGUCAUCUGUCCCAUUCUGUGGGUCAUUUUUGUCUUCAGCACUUUCUUUUCCUUUAAAUUGAAAUGGUUGGCUGUGGUUAUCAUGGGUGUUACACUUCAAGGGUCUAAUCUCUAUGGAUACAUAAAGUGUAAAAUAGGAAGUGGAAAAAAUCUAACUAGUAUGGCUACCUCCUAUCUGGGCCGCCAGUUUUUCAAGACGGGUACGGAAGUGAAAUUUGAGCCUUUUACAAAACAAGAAACAUGAAGAGCUUUUGGAAUUAUCAAAAUCAUUUCUCGUUUUGUUUCCUUUGUGCCUGAAGAUGAUGUUUGGUGUUGGGUUGUGGCUCCACAGGUGCUGGCAGUCCCUUCUUAAGUGGUCAAGUCUUCAUUUUCUAAUCCUCUGUGGGAGGCAUCACAGCUGAAUUGGAUCUUGACUGUUGUGUUUUGAGAUUUCAUUCCAGGUGUUCUCUUGUGCUCAGUGCCAAACACCAUCAGUAGAGAUACUUGCUCCAGACAAUCCAGAACAUUAUUUUGGAUGUGUUAUCUGCCCAGUAGCAUUGUCUGUCUGGGGGGUUAAAGAAUCUCUCAUUAUUUACUGUCAUUGAGAAAAAUGUCUUGUGUACUAGUCUUUGGUUUUUGAAGAAACAACUUUAUCAGACUCUGUAACGUUUGGUGUGAGCUCCCAAUCAACUUGCUAAAAGUAAACUGUUGAUGUAGAUGCAAAUCAUCAGAAUGGAUUACAUUCGAUUUCAUAAAUUAUCUAGUAUCUUGAAUAUUGCUAAAAAGAGAGACACAAUGCUGAAGCUUUUUGUCUUGCACUUAGGACAAACACAAGAAUGUCAAAUUUCAAGCCAUCAUAAAAGUUUAUACUGUAAGAGAAAAGAGUACUGAGCAGUUGACAAGUCAACUCUGAAUGGCCAAGGCGUUGCAAUGGAGAAAGCAAUAGGGGCCUAUAGGCUCCCCAAGCUCUGGAGUAAUUCAAAAAAGGUGCAAGGCUUGAAAGCAUUCUUCCUUUUGUUUGCAGAGAACAGCUCCCCAUGUAUGAACGUAUGUUGCUUCUAGCAGGUAUAACUGAGCCACAUUAUGAGCUCGAUUGAUAUCUUAGAUCCUGAUUACCCCAAUAGCUACACUAACAACCAAUUUUACCCACUUGGUUUUAGUAAGCUUAAUUUGAGCACCUCCAGUGCUGAUAUCACCUAACUUAAUGCAAUGCAGGGACUGAGACGUCCAGUACCACAUCGUACAAGGCCUUUUACAGGCAAGGACGAAAUUCACGUUUGUACAUCAACAGUGGGAGGAUUAAAAUAGUUUAAAUUGAUGACAUUUUCACUGAUAUAUACAAGCCGAUUGCUUUUAAUAUGGUUAAAUGGUUUUGAAUUACAUCUCUCCAACUCCUUAAUCAAGACCUUAAUAUUGUGUUGCGUGAAUCAGGUCAAAUUAAAAUAUGACAUACAGCCUGCAGUCAAAACCAUUACUGUAUUGGUGUAAUAUGAUAUGGCAUUCAAGGUUUCAAAUGAUAAUUUAUGGGAGGUAUAUUUAGAUCUAUUUCAGCAACAGCAGCCCAUUAAUUUAGUAGUUACAGUAAGUGGGUUGUUCUCUGCACCCAAGGGAAUGAACGAGGCCUGUUUAAUCUACAUAGACAAAACUUAACUGACCUUGACUAGAUGCAGCAGGAUGAAAAAUGUCUUUUUUGUGAGCUGCCCAGAGCAAAAAGAUCUGUACGGCUCCUAUUGAAAAUAAUUUCGAGUGUCUGCAUUGAUAUCCUAAUUGUGGAAAGGGUCCAAUCAUUGAACAAUCACGUUGCAAAGUGAGCCUGUCAGCACUGGGGCAUCAGCACGAUUUAUCUGCAGCAUCCGUACAAAAUGGCUCAGUUUAAAACGUUUCUGGUUUGUACCUUGCUCUGUGUUUGAGGGAGUCUGAAAGGGGGUAACCUGGGCCUUACAGCACAUGAUAAUAACACUGACUGGGAUGUAUGGAGGCAUCGACUGGGACAGAUUUUCUUGGUUUAAAAGAAAUAAAUGUCGAACCUUGUAUGUUCCCAUGGUGAGAAUCUGCCCCAAACGAUGCCUCCAUGCAAGGAGGAGUUAUGUGCUUGUAUUCUUAUUAUGGUCUAUAGAAUCCAACAAAUAAAUGCUGUUUAACAAUGAGUGUUGAGUUUCUGGCAAAUGUAAAUUGCACAAUUUGUGAGCCCUUCCUCUUUGUCACAGCCUUGGCCGGAUAACUUGUCAGUCACAGUUUUCUGUCAUAAAUUGUACAUCCUUCAGCCUAGAAUGCCCCAGCAAGCAUUUACAUUUUGUUUUGAUGAGCUUUAUUGUGCCACUAAAUGAAUAAAAUAGACAAGCAAAAAAAAA